AUGCGCACCUGGCGGGGGGUGCCCGGCGAGGGUCCGUGUGCGGAAGUGACGUCGGCGGCACUGGCCGGAAGUACGAAGAUGGCGUACCAGAGCCUGCAGCAGGAGUACCUGCAGAUCCCGCUAGUGACCCGGGCGUAUACCACGGCCUGUGUGCUCACCACUGCCGCUGUGCAAUUAGAAAUAAUCACACCAUUUCAGCUGUACCUCAAUCCAGAGUUAAUAUUCAAACAUUAUCAAGUUUGGCGAUUAAUUACAAAUUUCCUGUUUUUUGGUACAGUGGGAUUUAAUUUUUUGUUUAAUAUGAUCUUUCUAUACCGGUAUUGUCGCAUGCUAGAGGAAGGAUCAUUCAGGGGCCGCACUGCAGAUUUUGUCUUUAUGUUUCUUUUUGGUGGAUUUUUGAUGACCGUUUUUGGCUCGUUUGUCAAUCUGGUGUUCCUGGGACAAGCUUUCACCAUUAUGUUAGUGUACAUUUGGAGCAGAAGGAAUCCUUAUGUCAGGAUGAACUUUUUUGGACUCCUUAAUUUUCAGGCUCCGUUCCUGCCUUGGGUACUAAUGGGAUUCUCAUUAUUACUUGGCAAUGCAAUCAUAGUGGAUUUGCUAGCUAGACCGUUCUUCCGUGGUGGACUCGUCACCCAGGCAAGGGUGGACACACACACAAGCCCCCACCGGCCUCGCUACAAAAACACUGAAUUGCUGUGGGCCACAUAUACUACUUUUUGGAAGAUGUAUUUCCAAACCAACCAGGUGGGGGACGGCUACUUAGGACUCCAAGCAUUUUGAAAGCUAUUUUUGACAUUCCUGAAGAAGAUCCCAACUACAACCCAUUGCCUGAGGACCGACCUGGGGGCUUCAACUGGGGUGAGGGGCAGUGACUUGGAGGCUAGCCAUGAACAACUGCUAGCCACACACACUCUUUGGAACCUCAGAGGACAAAUUUGUUCUUAUUUGCCUCCCUACUGCUUGCCGUGACCUUGGUUCAUUACAAAGAAUACAAUCUUACAGAUUGCCAAUGACCCACCAACCAGCAAGCACCUCCUGCAAAAUGGAUACUUGCCUUUCCUGAUGGCCAAUGGUGCCUAUGCCUGUUAUACUGGAAUAGCUGAUAGCUUCCAUAAGGUCUACUCUAUGGAACUGGACAUCUGAGAUUUACAUUAAUUGUUUCACAGAAGAUCAAAUAUCUGAGGUUACAGUCAUAAGUGUGGCCAUAAUUUUUAUAACUUUUUUUUAUCAACAGUGGCUGACUGGUUUCAGAAUUGUAAGUAUUAUUUGACAAUGAAAUUGGAACCCGACUAUCAAACUUUCUUUGAUUCUUGACAUUAAAUUACUGAGCAGAAAGCGAACAGAUGGAGCUUUUGAUCUGUGUUAACAUAGUCCUCUGUUAAUACAGUUUAUUACUGCCUUUGUUUAGACCAAGUACACUCCACCGCUGCAGUCAGUAUACUUUGAGUAUCAGACGGGAUACUUUGUUGAACUGAAAUCCUCGCAGCAUAAUCCUGCAUUUAUGUGAUUUGGACAUCGCAGGAUUGUUAGCGUUGUUAAAUAGGCUAAUCCACAGAUGAGUUUUAUCUUGAUAUGUGAGGCUGCUUUUAAUUGCCCACUGGUGGUCUGAGGAUAUCUGCAUAUCUGUAUUGUCAGCAGUUGGCAGUAUUUCCAGUUGAGAGAGAAUGAUGUAGGUUCAAACCUCCCUCCAGAAAUCUGAAGAUAAAAGUAUAUACUGUACUAAUAUUUCUAAGCAAUAUUGGAAUAUAACACUGGAAAGUUCUGUCUCUAAAAUGAGACAUUAAACUGUCUGUCUUUUCAAGCAGAUGUGUAAAAUUGCAAAGAAGUUCAGGGUCUUAUUCCCCCAAUUGACUUCAUUAGGCAGAUAUAGGGAUCAUUUAUCAUUCUGCCAUUAACGAAGGCUGUUGUGCUCAAAUUUCAAAAUAAUAAGUACUAUAAUGUCCUAUUUUAGUUAACUUACCUUCUGCUGGGCUUACCUUGCUAGGCUGAUGGCCUCACACUGCAUAUGAAAAGUGCUAGACAGUGAGGGUGAAGAAUGUAUAAAAUGCCAGGUAAGAUGGUGACUUCCAUUCAUUUCUUGCACUUGCACAUUAUUCAGCAACAUCCAAGUGUAAAAGAAUAUCUUGAACAAACUGCUUAUAAAUAUGCUUAAUUCAUUCUGGUGUGAUUGUAUUAAACAUUCUUGCUUCAGUUUGGCCAUUAAGGUCAUAGCUUGUUAUUUAUAAUUUCCUACAUAGAAUUUAGCUGACUAGCUCCUUGUGUGAGGUUUUCAACCUCCUUGAAUCCGAGCAAGCUUUUAGUUUCUUGGGUCAUGGAAAACAUAGUAGAAAAUGGCAUGAGCAAUAGGAUGUUUUAUGUGAGAGGAACUGGAACUUUACAGUAGUGCAACACUAUGUUCGUUUGCUGAAAGGAUCACUGCUGGUGAUGUAACACAGGUGGAAUGAUGCUGGGGAUUGGGACAAAAGACUGCAAGCCGGAAAAAGCUUUCUCACCAAGUAUACUGCACUGAGAGCCAUUCCCCACAGCUGUACUUACAUCCAGGUCUGUGGUCCUGCUCCAGAAGACUGAAAUUGCAGGCCAGAUUGCCAUCAGUGAAGCAGCACAGUGAGCAAUCCUAUUGUAGCAUGAUUUGCUCUCUCAGAUGAACGUAAAGGGGCUGUGUGUUAUUUUACAGGUGAAGAGAGAACUAUCCCCCAGUAACCAGGUGAAUAUUUAUACACUUGUAAUCAUCAAGAGCAGUCUGUUUCUUUGUUAUCUGACUGCUGUUAUGAACCCCAGACUGAAUGACAAAUAUAUUAGCUGCCUCUUUGCUGCUGGCAGGUUGAGAGGAUGUGGAUUGGCAGUCUAUAAUGCAAGUUCUUACCAGUCCAACCCUGGUACUCUGUCAAGGUGAGUGAAUUAAGGUCUUGUCAAUGUAGGUCCCAAAAGCUACUGAGGCAGAACAAGUUGGGAAUAUCCUUUAAAUUCACAAUGAAAGCUCAUUUGGUUCAUUGUCAAUUGACUUUGGCAUUUGGUCUGAUUCAUGAGGAGUUCAGCAUUCCCACUGCAUGUUCAGUUGGCAGGGUCACAAGUUGCCAGUGACUGCAUCCUCAUUAAGUCUCAGACCUCAGUUUUAUCUGAUAGCUUCAGAUUGUAAUCCUAAUUUUCUGUAGCUAGGGAGCUAAGACUUAAUCAGAUGGUUUUAUUGUUUCAUUUCCCUUGGUUGUUGGUAGUGUAAAAUUCUUCAUGAUCAUUGAGUUUCUGUGUCGUUGAGCGGUUUGCAGGGAAGCAGGCUCAGGCUGCUAUUGCUCUGCUGUCUGGGUUGUGCUUUGUAUACGUCAGAUGGAACUUGACCAGGCUCAGCUGGUCAGUACAAUCAACUACAUGAUUAAUGGCCCCUGCAAUAUGGCACAAUGGCCUGUACCCACUGCACCUGUACCUCAUCAUUCUGUCCCUGGCUACUUCAUGAAGCUGAACUGCUUGGAGACUGGAUCUGGCCACCUGUAUCACUGAGCCUCACACCUAUGGAGGUGAUAGCUAGGUGUGGGCAUCACAUAGAGCUGCAUCACACAGCUGCAGCUACCCCCCAAUGAUUAGAAUGAAAGAUUGAAUCCUUCCAAUCGGUUUAUCAUUGUAUCAAAUCUAUGUGAAGCAAAGUAUUUAGGUAUUUUUAAUCAUACUAUGUGAUUCCCAUAUGCAGAAUAUUGUGAAGCUGCUGGGUGUAUAUCUGCUUCCAUUUACAGCAUGUUAACUGAUUAUUUAAAAAACCUACACUUUGUAACUUGUUUCUUGUUCAACCUUUUAGUGAUGUUUGACAAGAGUUUCACCUUUUUAUUCUAUGCUCAUCUCCAAUUUAUGGAAAACCUUGUGAUAAAAAUUAAAUUAUUUUCAUUCAUA